UGAUUAUCAGUGUGCCCUGAUGAUCAGUAUAGCCCCAGCAGUGCCAUCUGUCAGUGCCCAUCAAUGCCUGCUGUCAUUGCCCAUCAAUGCCACAUAUCAGUGCGUACCAGUGCACAUCAUUGCCACAUAUCAGUGCCCAUCUGAACUGCCUUUCAGUGUCACCUAUCAGUGCCAGUCAGUGCCACCUAUCAAUGCAAGUCAGUGCCACCUAUCAGUGCUGCCAAUCAGUGCCACCUGUCAGUGCCAGUCAGUGCCACCUAUCAAUGCCAUCAGUGUCACCUAUCAGUGCUGACAAUCAGUGCUGCCUAUCAGUGCCAGUCAGUGCUGCCUAUCAGUGCUCGUCAGUGCUGCCUAUCAGUGCCAUAUAUGAGUGCUGCCUUUCAGUGCCCAUCAGUGAUGCCUGUCAAUGCCCAUCAGUGCCACCUACUAGUGCCUCCUCAUCAGUGCCCAUCAGUGCCACCUAUCAGUGCCCAUCACUGCAGCCUCAUUAG